GUCACAUGACUAGUCUCUACCCGCUUACAGCAGGCGUGAGCACGAGAGUCGCAGACGACAAUCUGUCAACUUCAUCCCGGGUCUACACUUGGACCAGUCAAUCAAGCGUCACAUUUGUGUUUGCUUUGCGGUGUUGGGAUAAAAAAGGGCACAGUGAAGCCAAGCCAAGGAGGAGUGAUCGCCAAAUCUGGACGACCAAUCCGGUUGACUGACGGUCCCAUAAAGAGACCGAGGAUUAGUGUGGACGUUUACAAUAAUCUUAUUUUGAAAGGUUAAUUUAUUUCCACCCAUAGCUAUUUAUACGUUGUGGGAAGUCAACACCAGGUUUGAUCACUCAAUACCGUGACAGCCUUACUUGAGAUCAAGCGUGCACUUUCCUCGAGGAUUUUCCUGGUUCGGUCGACCACAGUGGCUCUUAAAACUUAUUUUGUGACAUGUGAUGUUUCCUAGUUUUGAUCACGGCUAACUAAGUGGAAGUCCUGUCUGUCACACUGGCUAAGUGACUGUGACUGUGCUGACAUACGACUUGUGGACAUAUGAUCUAAAUCUCUCGUUGAAUCCUGAAAGAGAAGAUUUCAAAAUGACAAGCUUGAUGACACCACCCAUGAACCUCGAUUCUGAGAUGCAGGAGAGGGAUGACACUGCGAAUUUGUUGAAUUUUGUUGACAUGGCAUCAAGUAACAUUAAACUUGCUCUGGACAGACCUUCCAAGUCAAAAAGGAAGGUUAACCAUAGAAAGUACCUUCAGAAGCAACUGAAACGAUGCGGGGGUUCUCCGAGACGCUCCGGAGAAAGCAGAACUAGUGUUGUGAACAGUGUGCCUUCAAGUACCAAAUCUAACAAGAAAGAAACGUCACAGAUUGGUAUACAGAUUAAAUCUCUCCAAGCUCUGUUUGACCCCCGGACGCUACAUGAACGUUGCUGUACAGAUCAACCGAAGUCAACUGGUCCAAAGCAACCUCUGAGAAGUCGAAAUCUACCGGCAUCAUUUUUCACGGAGCCUGGUGCAAGAACCGGGGACCGAGAUGGUCUGGACGUUGUCGACCCUGCAAUGCCACCGUUAGCGUUAGCAACGUUUAAUACGUUAGGGUUCGAUCCUGCCUUAAACCCAUACCCAUCCUUGCCUGCUGACACGAUUGAGAGUAUCUUGGGGCAGACUGACAUCAGUGAUUUGUUAUCGGGGUCUUGGCAGGACCCCCCACGUGACGCGGCCCGGACCCCUGGGAGUGUUGGGACAUGUAGUCCAAGAUCAUUCUCAGACUCGUCGGAAACCUACUGCAGUUCGUCUCCCGAUCUCUCAAACCGAAGCCCGUCAUGGCCGUGCUCAAACUCAAAUAUGGCGGCAAAUUUCAUGCAGUCCACUGAAGAAAAUGUCAACAACUUCAACGUCUAUCAACAACACCAACAGUCUCAGCACCAUCAUCACAUACACCAACAACAACCGCAACACAACAAUAACGAACGUUUCCAUCUGAACUUUAAUCAAAUCGCUCCUGUUUCAUUGGAAAGUGAGAGCCAGUACCCUCACCAGCAGACGAUGUCCGGAAUGUCGUCUGCCACAUCAUUGCCCGGAUUCCAUCAGACAUUUCCAAACUCUUUCGCAGUGCGCCAAGGCAAUGCGAUCCCUUCAUCGUGGCAGGGAGUAAACAUAGAGCCAAACUAUACAUAUUUAUAAUUUGGUUGUGAUCCAGGUACUACAUAUUUGCAAUGACGAACUGCCAUUUUGAAACUGUGCCAUAAUUCAUUUGUGCAAGACGUAUCAACGACUCGUUCGUUUCACGGAGCGAAGAAUUUGCUUUCCCUAGCUUUUACGUCGAACGUCAUUAAGGUAUAUAUUUAUAUUUGUAGAAUACUUUAUUAAUUUGACGAAUUCAGGAUAAACUGACUUAUCAUCCGGUUCAUAUUGAUCAUUGGAACAAAUAAUAUGUAUUCAAAUGUAACAUGUGUCUUUACAUGACAUGUCCAUGACAUUUGAUCUAAAUGUAUUUCGGGAUACAUAUUACGCAAUAUUAAGCAUACGCUUCAUUGUACAUUACACAUUAAGUAAACUAUUGCACCAUCGGUGACCGCUUGUGGUGAUAGGGGAAAUUGUUUCCUAUGAAAAUAGAUCCCACGUCAUUUCUCAUCGUGAACAAGAUGCACUUGUAGCUUUCUCACAUUUUCAUAACCAACGACCUCCGCAUGUGAUAUUACAUUGUGAAUAUAUUUAUGAAUAAAUCAUGUGAAUAUUUAUA